AUGUUCCAAGACCUCUACGCUAAAUGUAAAAGAAAAUAGAAAUGUAUUUUUAGGACACUAAAGUAGGAACGUAGCUAGUUGCCCGCUUACUCGUUCGUGUGUCAGAAGACCGUUUACUCUUAAAGGCGAUGAUAAACACAUUACACAUGAAAAUAACUGCGUUUUUAGAAGCUCGGUGACUGACCAGCCUUAGCUUUGAUAUCCUCGUUAACGGCGAGCUAAAAAGUUGACUGGGUCAGUUAACUGUAGUUUUUUUUAAGCUAACGUUAGUAACUUUUUAGGGCAUUUUUGGUAGAAAAAGCAGAGAUUAGUGUUUGAAGCGUCAACGCUCAUUGUGUCGUUUUAUCUUCGCCUCUGAUCAUUGGUAUUAUGCUAUCGAUUGGUCAACGGUUCAUAUUUAAUGUUAGCUAGUUUUAGCGGGUAAAUAUUCAUCCGUUAGUGUCUUAGCGUUUUGUCCGCCUCAGCCAUGAUUAAGUUUUUGUCAGACGAAGUGAAGGCACAGCUUCGUUCAGGCAUUGCUAUUUGUUCUCUUCAGCAGUGUGUCGAGGAACUUGUUCUCAAUAGUAUUGAUGCUGGCGCAACCUGUGUAGCAGUGAAGGUGGACGUAGAGGCUUGCAAGUUGCAGGUAGCAGACAAUGGCUCCGGAAUGGACAGGCAAGACUUGGAUAAUGUGGGGAACCGAUAUAGCACUAGCAAAUGUAGCUGUGUGGAGGACCUGGAGAACCUUAGAUUUUAUGGGUUUAGAGGAGAGGCUGUGGCAAGCAUCGUCUCUCUCUCUGGUGUGGUAGAAAUAUCAUCAAGGACCAAGCUUUCCAGAAAGACAUUUGUCAAGGUCUUUGACCAUGGACAGAGUGUGGAUGUAUUUGAUGCUGAGGCAGCCAGACCAUCUGCAGGUACAACAGUUACAAUUUGCAACUUCUUUCACAACAUGCCUGUAAGGAAGAAACGUCUUGACCCUGUGCUGGAGAUGGAGAGAAUCCGACAGAGGGUUGAAGCCAUCUCUCUCAUGCACCCGUCUGUAUCCUUCACAGUAAAGAAGGACUGCACAGGAACCAUGCUAGUACAGUUGUCCAAAGUGAAAAGUCCAUACUAUCGUUUUGCUCAGAUUCAUGGCCUAGGGAGGGCCCAAAAACUUUGUGAAGUUACACAUUUGUAUGGACAGUUUGAAAUUGAGGGACACAUUGGCCGCGAGGGUCACUAUAACAAUAACCAACAAUAUCUGUUUGUGAACCGAAGGCUUAUCCUAAAAACAUGCAUACACAAACUACUCAACUCCUUACUCUCCAAAUGUAUGGCCCUCAAUAAGCACUGUGGCAGCACCACUGGCUCCCAGGGUACUUCCAGCCCUAAAGAGCGUGUGGGAGGAGAGCUUCAUGGGGUGUAUGUAAUCAACAUAAGCUGCAGUUAUUCAGAGUAUGACAUUUGUUUGGAGCCAGCCAAAACACUCGUUGAGUUUAAAGACUGGGACAGUCUCCUGUGUUGCCUAGAAGAGGGUGUCAGAAAGUUUCUCACAAGGGAGAGUCUACUGGAGGUCAUGCCUGAAGACACUCAGGGCUGUCUGAUUCCUCCUUUGGUUUGUCAACAGCCAGUGUUUUCUGACAUAUGUGAGAAAAGCAGUCAGCUUGUCUGCAGUGAGUCUGUUGGGGGGAAGGCACUGGCUUCAAAACCUGUUCACAGAAGAGUUGCUGUAGAUUUCACUGAGAGGGGCAGAGAUUCUCAAGUCAAGGAUGCCUCAGAAGGUGAUAUGGAUGCUAAAGCUGCGCUUGAAGUUGAAAUGGGAACAAAACUAGAACUGGCUUUGGAGACACCCUUUGAUGCAGUCAGCACCCCAUCAAUGACUCACUCAAAUCUGCAACUUAGGCAAUGUAAUUUUGUCUCUAAUUCAGUGUCUGUUAGUUGCAAAGAUACUAUCAAAGGUAGCAUGACAAAUCGAGACCAUGAACACAAGGCAUGUAAAGGCUUCUUAAAAUGUCCAGAGUUUAAGAGUAACAAAGUAAAAGGAGCCAAAGUAACCAAUCCAAAAGCUGCUGUUGUAACCAAAGUAACUAAUCCAAGAGCUUCUGUUUUAACAAUCCAACAAAAUUCAUUAAAGAGAGAAAUGUCUAGCCACAUUUGUAGGCAGCAUGACAUUGCACCUUCAGUCUUUCAAGUCACACCUGGUCAAAAACUGGCUUUAUCACAUGUAGCUAGCCCUCUGGACAAAUUUAGAAGAAUGUUUGGUGAGCUAGAAAAAAACGAACAUCAGCCUUCAGAUGCGUGUAGCAAUCAUGUGGCAUUUGUCAGUGAUGCAGCCUUGCCAGUUGAAACGGAUGCAUGUGUGUUUCAUGGGAGAAGGCAACACAGGCCAAACAACUCCCUCCCCUCUGUCCAAGGUUGUACAUUAAAACUACACACAUUCUCAGAUUGUAGAUCAAACAAGAUAAGUAAAAUAUCUGUAGCCACCAAGCUUUCUCAUUUGAAACAGGCAAAGAUGGAAGAUCGUGAUUCUACUACUGAGGACUUGCUUAAUGUCAUCAGAAAUGCAGACAGCUGUACCUGGAAGAUAUUGCCACAUUCUUCAAUACCAAAUAUGAACAAUAGAGAGAAAACUUUGGACAACGGCCCUCGGUACACCCUAUUUCCAAAUUGCAAAGAAGAUUCCCCUUACACUCCUAGAUAUGUUGAUGAUAAAACUACAGAAACCCCUGACGUGUCAUAUUCAUUAUUAGGCCCCUAUCAUAUUGGUUCCUCCUCCAAUACCCACAACCUUCUAACAGCAGCCCCACCUGCUACCUCUGAGGACCUAAACCCCAUAGAUGUGUGCAGUGCAGCCCCACCUCCUACCUCUGAGGACCUAAACCCCAUAGAUGUGUGCAGUGCAGCCCCACCUGCUACCUCUGAGGACCUAAACCCCAUAGAUGUGUGCAGUGCAGCCCCACCUGCUACCUCUGAGGACCUACACCCCAUAGAUGUGUGCAGUGCCAGGACAUAUUCCCCCACUGACGAGUUUAAGAAUCAUGAGGAGAUCCUCCUUCCAUUAGCUGCCAGCUCAAAAUGUGAAGGACCUCACACGGAUGAUGAACAGCAGAGAAACUUGUCUGACACCUGGCUGGCACACUAUGAUUACUUUGCUGGAAAAGUGGUUUACAUCAACAGAUUGACAGGACUCAGCAAAUAUGAUGCCCCGCCAGAGGAAGAGACAAAAGUGGCCUGCAUAGCUGACAACACUGCGGUCCAUGUUGUUCCUCAAAAAGGGUUUGAGUCAAAGGGGCACCUCCUUCAGACCAAGGUUAUAUUACCUUUUCUCUUCAAGUCCAGAACCGAACGGGUGUUGAGCACAGGAAUAGGCGACAGAGUUGAUGCUGAAGCCACCAAUGCUCUUGCACUACUGUUCUCUGCAUGGAAGAAUCCAGUCUUCAUACAGCCACCAGAUGUGGCUAUGGAUGUGACCAGCGGAGAGGCAGAGCAUCUUCCUGUGCGACUACACAACAUAAUGUUGCCAUAUCGUUUUACCAAGGAUAUGAUUCAUUCUAUGAAGGUCAUUCAUCAAGUGGAUAAAAAGUUUCUAGCUUGUCUCAUCAACACAGGAAACCAGGGACCAAAAAGCCCAGAAGUAAGUGGAGCGAGUCUCCUGGUGUUGGUGGACCAGCAUGCAGCUCAUGAGAGAGUUCGAUUAGAGGGUCUUGUGGCAGAGUCGUAUGAGGACGAUCCACAGCAGCUGGACCAAAAGAAGCUUUGUUCUUCUGUUGUGUCACCACCCCUUGAAGUGGGCAUCACGCAGGAAGACCUCCGACUCCUGAGGUCCUGCCAGCAUCUUCUCAGUUGUCUGGGACUGGACGUGGAAUUCCCUCAGAGUGACAAGUUGUGUGUGCUGUUGCGGAAAAUUCCUGCAUGUUUCCUGGAGAAGGAGAACACCAACCUACGGCGCGGCAGACCAUCAGUGGUCAAAUCUCUGGUAGAGGAGUAUCUUCGAGAGCAGAUUAAGCUGUUGCACUCCUCGAGAAGACUGCAGACCACCCUACCGCUAACAGUACAUAAUGUACUAGCAUCUCAGGCCUGUCAUGGAGCAAUAAAGUUUAACCAUAGCCUAAGCCAGGAAGAAUGUCAUAGUCUGGUGAGGUCCCUCGCUACCUGCCAGCUGCCAUUCCAGUGUGCUCAUGGCCGCCCCUCCAUUGCCCCCAUCGUGGACCUCCAGCACCUGGACAAUGAGCAACAGGACACUUCAAAACCCAAUCUACGGAAAUUGAGAAGAAUGUCCAACGCCUGGCUACUUUAUGGGAAGGAACAUACAAGUACAAAAAAAAAAUUAUAGCUUUUGUCAUGCUGAAAGUACAGCUUUUAUUAUAUUAACUGGAUUAAUCUCUAUUUAUUAUUACUCAAUAUGUACACUAUCUACAAUGGUGGAAAUCUGAAGCAUUGUUUCAGAAAUAAACCAGUUGUCUUUGUUCCUUUAA